UCAAGCUGGUCGAUUGUCACACGCUGAUGUGUGAUAGGUCAUGGGGGUGGCUGUUUUAUGUCAUUGACGUUCGUUUGUGAGUGUAGUACUGAAAUGACAAAUCACAUUUAGUUGCAUUAAUAUUCAUGGACAAUCAUGCUACAAUUAGUUGACGAACGGAUAGUGAAGGAUUUAGGAGUAAAUCGCUAGCUGACAGCUGUCAUAAUCGUGUUUGCUCGUUCCCUCCGAAUCGUUUAGGCUACUUAGUUUGAGUCAAAUACUAGCUAACUUACGUGACGCGUGUAACAAGUAUGUCAGAACUUAAUCACGGGAAUGUUCUGGAGAAACAGACGCAACUAUCCAAUAAUGGCGGUAACAAAAAACGCUGGGGACUGAUUGCAACUGGACUUGUUGGGGGGUCACUGAUUGCACUUUAUGCAGUUGCAACCCCAUUUGUCACACCUGCGUUGAGAAAAGUGUGUCUCCCAUUCGUGCCUGCUACUCCAGCCCAGAUUGAGAAUGUUUUGAAGGUCCUGCAACGAAGAACAGGAACAUUGGUCGAUAUUGGAAGCGGCGAUGGUCGAAUAGUAAUCGCUGCAGCGAAGCAAGGCUUUCGGGCUGUGGGCUUUGAGCUGAACCCGUGGCUGGUCUGGUAUUCCCGGUAUAGGGCAUGGAGAGAAGGAGUUAACCACAACACUGCAUUCUACAUAUCUGACCUAUGGAAGGUCAGUUUUUCUCAGUACACCAAUGUUGUGAUAUUUGGAGUCCCCCAGAUGAUGGCGCAGCUGGAGGAGAAGCUGCAGGGAGAUUUGCAGAGCACCGCCAAAGUGGUGGCCUGCCGCUUCCCCUUCCCCACGUGGGUCCCCGACGACACGGCCGGCGAGGGGAUUGACACGGUGUGGACAUACGACGCCAAGUCCUUCAAACCGCCACGGGCAGAGUGCGAGAGGGGCGGGGCUCCAGAGAACCGAAUGAGUCACAGUGAACAGAGCACGCGAGCAGAGGCUUGAGGAAGCCUCGACCUUCCCGUUUAAACCUGUGCAGAUCUCUGCUAAUGUGUCUUGUCAAAUGACCUAAAAUGUCGCCCGGUCUGUCAAGGUCUUGUUACUGAGGCCACCUGGUCACAGUAGAUGUUUCAGGGGGGACGGACGUAUCCCAUUGGAAACAGAAUUUCUUUUUUAUAUUAAAAUAAUUUAAACCUUGGUA